GGGCGACAGUGUGAUUGAGUAGUGAAUGUGUAUUUUGUUGAGUCAUUUAACAGCGAUAGAACGCAUUAGUUUUUUUUUCAAAACGCCAAAUUAAAUCCUUUGUUUGCAACGAAUGACCGAAGCACCACCAACAACAACAACUUUUCGAGAAAAAAAAUCGACGUAGAAAGAGAGAUAGAGAGAUUGACAAAGAGGAAAAGAGAAAUCAGCUGUGCGAUGAAUGCAUUGUGUGGUGCUAUAAAAAUAGACACUCUUCGUUUCGUACAAAAUAUGUACACAGAAUCGAGACUGAAUUCGUUUCAUUUUUAUCUGAUGUUUUUAUUUUGUAUGGAGUUUAAUACAUUCGCGCACAGUGUUUGUCUGUUGCUCUUUGUUUGUAUGACAUUUAACUCGUUAGACACAAUCGUACUCACUCACUUACAUGCACACGCAUACAUUGCAAAUGCUACGUACAACACAUAACGAAGUAAAACGUUCUUUAUUCGGAUUAUAAUAAAGACAAACAGUACACAUGCGUUACUAGUCGAAGAAAUUGUGGGUUUGUUUGGCGAGAGAGAGAGAGAGUGUGUAAGAGUGGGGGAAUAUAAAAAAAUGGCGAAAAAUGAUUAUCAGGCAUUGACCGAAGUAUCAAAUCCGUUCGUUGAAAACUCUAGUCAAUCACCAUGCGAAUCGGUUGGCAUCGAAGAUACCAACACCGACACCGAAAAUGAAGACGGCAACCGUGAUAUCAUGAUACAUGUUGUGCCCGACACCAGCAAAGCCCGAUGGAACCACAUCGAAGACUUGGACUCGUUUUUCACACGGAUGUACUAUUACCAUCAAAAGCAUGGUUUCAACAUCAUGAUGAUCAAUUACAUAUUGGAUCUGGUGAUUUUUGCAUUUGUUGUAUGGUUCAUCACUGUGGUUGUGUUCUGUGUCAAUUUUAACGUACUUGAUGGAAACCACACCCGAAUCACCAUUGACGAAGUAAUUUUACCGUGUGACGAUUGCAUCGGCGCCAUUUCGCUCAGCGGAUGGUUUGUUAUUUUCUUAUCGGGACUAUUCUGGAUAUUCCGAUUAAUACGAUUUUUUUAUCAUGCUGUGCAAUACUAUGACAUUAAGAAGUUCUUUAAUAAUGCGCUCAAAAUUGACGAUAAUGAAUUAGAUAAUUAUACAUGGCAUGAAGUGCAACGACGAAUUCGUGAGGUGCAAAUGGAGCAACAGAUGUGCAUCCACAAAGAACAACUCACCGAAUUGGAUAUUUAUCAUCGAAUUUUAAGAUUCAAAAAUUAUAUGGUCGCUAUGAUGAAUAAGAAUUUAAUACAGACGACCGUUAACCUGCCACUUGCUGGUGAAACAAAUUUCUUCAGCAAAAGUCUCCGAUUCAAUUUGGAAUUGAUAUUUUUCCGAAGCCCAUGGUCAGUGUUUGACAAUUGGCAUCUAAAAGAGCAGUACAAACGUUCGGUGAAUCGAACUGAAUUAUCCCAGCAACUAUCAAAGUACAUCUUCUAUGCUGGUCUCAUCAAUUUGAUCUUUGCACCGGUGAUAUUUCUAUUUGCGACAAUUUUCUGCGUUUUUAGCUACGGUGAUUUGGUGAAACGUGAUCCAGGUGUUUUGGGUAUUCGAUGUUGGUCACAAUAUGGUAUGCUGUACAUACGACACUUCAAUGAACUAGACCAUGAGUUGCAAGCCCGUUUGAAUCGAGCUUAUAAGCCAGCCGUCAAGUACAUGGAAUCAUUUUCAUCGCCAAUGGGAGCGGUUAUUGCAAGAAAACUCUCAUUUCUAUUUGGUGGUGUGUCAACGGUGAUCUUUAUAUUUUUCAUGUUUAUUGACGAGGAUAUUGCCCACAUCGAGCAUAUUUUCCAAGUGGUGUCCCUACUCACACUUUUGGCCAUUGUGUCGAGAGUAUUGAUACCCGAUGAAAAUUUGAUAUUUUGUCCGGAACAAUUGAUGACAGCUGUUUUGGCGCAUACCCAUUAUCUGCCGGUGGCCUGGAAAGGUCUUGCACAUACCAGUCAUGUGCGUGAGCACUUUGGUCAAUUUUUCCAAUUGCGAGUGUUUUAUCUUCUCUCCGAGUUGUUGAGCCCGAUAACAACACCAUUCAUAUUGUUAUUCUACAUUCGACCAAAAGCACUGGACUAUGUAGAUUUCUUCCGUAAUUUCACGGUCUCGGUGGUCGGUGUUGGUGAUGUGUGCUCAUUUGCUCAAAUGGAUGUGCGAAAGCACGGCAAUUCCGAAUGGCAACCAACGCACAGUACAGAAGGCGAUUUAACUGAAGGUGCUACAACGCCAGUCUGUGAAACAAACAAAUACACACAAGGUGAACAUGGAAAAACUGAAUUGUCAUUAGUUCAUUUCACACUGACAAAUCCCGAAUGGAAGAUGCCGUCCGACGCUCAUAAUUUUAUGAACGGAUUAAAACGACAUGCUCAGCACGAUUUGAAUCGUGCACGUCAAACGGGCAUCAUGAAUACUGCCAUGGGACAAAGUUUAUUUUCGGUGGGAAAUCUUGGCGGACAGUACUCAUCGAUUGUCGAUUCAUUGAUGAUGCCUCAGCGUUACGACGCAUUCAAUUUGGGUUUAUCCCAAUUUUCGCCUGGUUUCCGUGGAUCAACGCAUACGUCACAUCAUCCAGAUGUCGAUAUGCCAUCACAUGGUGGUUAUGAUUUCAAUCGAAUGCUCCAACAGCACCUGUCCGACGGUGCAUCAAUGGGCUAUCGAAGUAAUUUACAGAAUAUCCAAGAGAACGAACAAGAUGAAAAUGCGGAAAAUCCUCCAAUGCCUGAGGUGUCACCAGAGCAUCGGUCAAUGCCAUCGUCGUCAAUGUCAAGCAGUGUGCUAAAAGGCGCCUCACAUCGUGAGGGUCCAAUGAAUGCAUCGCAUGAUCGUAGCUUGUUCCACAGUUUAUACGGUCAAACCGGUGGCAAUGAACCGGGUUCUAGUGAUCUUACAUCAGCUGAUAUGUGCUUAAGUACAUUGUACCUACAUGAAUUGUUCCAUCGACAGAGUCGGCGUCGAAGUGGUACGUCGAUGCGAAUUUCUGCCGGUAGUAGUCAGCAACAGCAACAUUUAUGGCAACUUCCACAUCGUGAUGGUUCACAAAUGCCGACACAACACAGCCACACACGAUCAACACAACCAUAUCCAGACAGUGGUCGAUCAGCAGCUGAAAAAACACCACUUUUAUAUCCAAAGAAAACAUAACACAGCGCCGAAUGGGUCUGAAUCAUUCAUACAACCCAAUCAAAAAUGCUGCAUCAAAAUGCGUUGUGUAGUAGAUUUAAGUGAAUUUUUCGUUUUUCUUUUUGUCUCAUCAAAAUUGUAAUUGCAGCAAUUUCUCUUGUGUAGAAUCAGACCAAUAUCAUUUUCGGCCCAUGUACAUACCGUAUAUUUAACCAAUCGAUUCAUCAUUGUUCAUUGUCGUGUUUUAAUUGACAAACAGUUUAUAUUACUAUUAAGUAGGACGAGCGAACGGUGAAAAUGUAAGAAAUUUUUAAAUUCACUAAAGAUUAAGAUGAACAAGCCAUUCACAUGAUACAAUGGAAGAUGAAUAUAUGUGUGUUUUUUCUACGCUAUUAAGCUAAUUAUUAUUAGGUACAUAAGUUUGAACUGCUCGCAGACACAAUUUAGAGUAUAUGACCAUUGAUCAGUCUGUGAGGCCAUUUAUUAUUCAGUAAAUAAUGAAAUUCUCUUUGUUUUAAACCACUCUCACAUAAUUUGUUCAACGAAUUGAUUUAAAUAAAUGAAUAUUUUUUUUAUUACUUGAACAAUUGAAA